CGUGCCAUAAAGAAUGGAAUUGUGAAGGUAAGGGUUUUAAAUCCCCCUAGAUGAUCCGAGAUAAACACGGAGAGACUUUUGACAGUCCCUCGUUACCGCCACGAGCGAGAAGAGCUGUCACCGCUCCCUCCUUGCCUUUCAUCUCUUGGUAACAGUCUGGCUGCUAAUAUCCUCAAUUAUCUCUGCAAUAUGUUGCUGGGAAAAAGGGAAAGUUCCGAGGAGGCAUUCACACAAUUUAAAAAGUUUUAAUUUGACAGCUUGUGGUGUAAUGAUGACUUGUGAUGAGGGUAUAGGGGGGCCCGCAGCCCACACUGCAGUGUGUGACAAAUGAUUGGGGGCCGGACCGGGAAGGGUUUGUGGAUGUCAAGACUUUCUGGAUCAGAUGUCAGAAAGCCAAAUAGAUGUUUCACAGACUGAUGCGAAAAAUAAAGAGCUCCAAAAAACGACAGUAGCUGUUCUGGAGACAGACUAGAGAGCAUUUGCAUAGACGGAGCAGCCGUCUGUCUGAUAAUGACGGCUAAGUCACAGUGCAUGAUGGAGACACAAAGGGCACCAGACUGUCGCAUGAAGGUUGACUCUCAGGAAAUAUCCUCCACACCUAGCUACCUAGGCAGAUAAUUGCUUGAAGGAAGCGCCCAGGAAGGUCAGCCAAGAAUCCCGCCGUAGGUGCCAAAGUGAAAUCUACAGGACUACAAUUACUUGGACAGACUGAGGCGGCAGAGCAAAGUGAAUGACAGUCACCGAUCGGUAUUGUGCGACGUUAACAGUGGACGUCACUCUCAGCAGCAGUGGUCACAAGUGAUUUCUCCUCAGAUCAACACCUACUGACCUCUGACCUCUCAGACAGGUUGUAUCUGACGGAGGGACCGGUGCUGCGCUCCCAUCCCUGCGCUCCUUCAACAACAACACUGCUGGUAAACGAUCUCCCCCAAGAGGAUUGUGGGUAAAGGCAGUCUUGAUCAAAAAGGGUUCAUCUGAUCCUGUGGCAGCAGCAGCGAGUCGAGUGAGACAGCUUCAGCCCGACCGGCUUUACCUGUACAUGGAGACCCCCAGCUGGGCAGGAAACACGUUGUGUAAGUCAGGAAGCAUUGCUGUCUUCGGGAACGUGGUGUACAGCGGACUGCUGAACGAUCACCUCUGGCAUUUGGGAGUGCCCCUCUUUACAAGACUGGGUAACCAAGAGGCCACCAACCCCCCAGAAGCGAUGGCCCAGCCGUACACCCCAGCCCAGUACCCACCCCCCCCACAGAAUGGCAUCCCCGCAGAGUUCGCGGCACCGCACCCGCUCCCGACGCAGGACUACACCGGGCAAAGCCGGGUCCCUGAGCACGCCAUGACCCUGUACACUCCCACACAGACGCACAGCGAGCCGGCCGGCACUGACAACAGCACGCCCACCAUCACCGCCACCACGACCGCACCGGUCAGUGUCCCUCAGAAUCUGCAAACACUGUUCUCAACUCGCUGUCAGCAAACAGAUGACGUGACGCAAACAGAGGGCUCUCAGCAGCUCCAGCUCCAGCACUCAGACUCUUCAGAGAAGCAGCAGCCCAAAAGGUUACAUGUCUCCAACAUUCCCUUCCGCUUCCGGGACCCUGACCUAAGGCAAAUGUUUGGGCAAUUUGGAAAGAUUUUAGAUGUGGAGAUUAUCUUUAAUGAGCGAGGAUCCAAGGUGAACAAUGCAACAGCACGAGUGAUGACAAACAAAAAAGUGGCCAACCCUUACACGAAUGGCUGGAAGCUGAAUCCAGUGGUAGGAGCUGUCUAUGGUCCUGAACUGUAUGCCGUAACAGGGUUUCCCUAUCCUGCCACAGGCGCUACGGUGGCCUAUAGGGGUGCCCACUUGCGAGGUCGGGGGCGGGCUGUGUACAAUACGUUCCGCACAGCUCCACCACCACCACCAAUCCCAGCUUACGGAGCGGUGGUGUACCAAGAUGGCUUCUAUGGUGCAGAGAUCUAUGGUGGAUAUGCAGCAUACAGAUUUGCCCAGCCCACCACCACCGCUGCUUACAGUGACAGCUAUGGCAGAGUCUAUGCAACAGCAGACCCCUACCACCACACGAUUGGCCCUGCCGCCACAUACAGUGUGGGGACUAUGGCUAGCCUAUACAGAGGAGGGUACAGUCGCUUCACUCCCUACUAAAAGAGAAAAGAAAAAAAGCGAGAAAAGACAGAGACAUUUCCC